CGCUGUAUAUGAAGGGGCGGUAGUUAUUCGUUUUCAAACAUAUGAUAGUUACGUAAAGUUAAACAACGUGAGAAGGCGUUAGAAAUAUAAUAGGUAUUGUAUGCGUGCGUUCAAAAAUUUGGCAUAAAUAAAAAUGACGGCACGUUCAAUUCUACAAGUCUUUGAUCAGUACCAGAAGGCCCGCCUGUUCUUCGUUCAAUCCAUCGCCGAUUUUGCAUCGAAAUCAAACACUGUAGAAUGUUUGGAAGCCGCAGGAGUCCUGGACCUCCUGUCCCCUUUGCUGACAGACCCGGUCCCGUCCAUUCGACACAUGGCAGCUAUAGCUUUAGGAAAGAUCGCAAACAACAAUUCUAGAUUGGCGCAAGCUGUCGUAAGAAUGGAUAUCUUACCUCAGUUAUUGAAGAACAUUUCUAAACAAAAUAAAUUUUAUAAGAAGGCAGCUGUGUUCGUUUUGCGUGCAAUCGCCAAACACUCUCCUGAAUUAGCGUCUAUGGUCAUCCAAAGUAACGGUUUGGAAACCAUAAUAGUCUGUUUAGAAGAUUUCGAUUCUGGCGUGAAGGAAGCCGCUGCUUGGGGAUUGGGAUACAUCGCCAGGCAUAACAAGAACUUGGCCCAGGCCACAGUCGAUGCAGGAGCGGUACCUCUGUUGGUGUUAUGCUUGCAAGAACCUGAAUUAUGUUUAAAGCAGAUCGGUGCAUCCGCUUUGUACGACAUAAGCAAACACAAUAAUGAACUAGCGGAAAACGUCGUAGACGCAGGGGCCAUCCCUUUCCUUGCAAAAGCAUUGUCUAAUCCUGACACCAAGUUAAAGCGUCAAGUUCUUUUGGCAUUAAGCAGUAUAGCAAAACACUCUGUAAAUCUGGCAGAAUCUAUCAUCGAAGCAGAGAUCCUCCCUGACGUUCUCGUACACAUGGCACAUCCCGAUGAAUGUGUCGUCAAGGCUGCUGCGAUGUUGACCAGGGAAAUUUCCAAACAUACAUUGGAAAUGGCCCAGCUCAUUGUAAAUAUCGGUGGCAUCGGUGCACUCGUCGAGUUGAUCUGUACUGCAAAAUUGACUGCCAGAUUGCCAGCAAUAAUGGCAAUUGGUUACAUCGCUGGUCACUCGGAUCAGUUGGCUGUUGCAGUUAUAGGAUCGAAAGUACGACGUUUCAAUAUCAUCGUCAUCGUUUUCACGAUACGCGGUCUACCUUACAAAGGAAUAGAUAUGCUCGAUGCUCGAUUGCAGGCGAUCGUUCACUUAUCUACUAUAUUACACGACGAGGAAGAAGAACAACGACAACGACAUCAACAACAACAACAAGGAGACGAUCAUACGCUUGCCGUUACCGUAUGGGCGAUUGGCCAAAUCGGAAAGCAUACAUCGGAACAUGCAAAGGCAGUUGCAGUUGCAGCGGAUGUUUUGCCGAAGUUGUUGCAACUCUACAACAGUCCAAACACUUCGGAAGAUCUCAAAGCAAAAUGUAAUUUAACGCUGAAGCAAGUACUACAGAGAUGUAUGCACAUCGAAGCUUUGGAGCCUUUGUUGCAUGACUCACCACCUAACAUUCUGAAGUAUGUGUUAGGACAAUUUAGUAAGAUUUUGCCUCACGAUGCCAGGGCAAGAAGAUUAUUUGUUACGUCUGGUGGUUUGAAAAAAGUACAAGAGAUUCAGGCUGAUCCUGGUUCGACGCUUUUAGAAUACAUACAGAUUAUUAAUUGCUGUUUUCCCGAGGAAAUUGUCAGAUAUUACUCGCCCGGUUAUCCAAGCAGUCUUUUGGAAGCUGUGGAACAGUAUCAACCGAAAUGCCCCUCUCUGUUUGCCAUGGAGGAACAUUUGCCUUCCGACAUAGAUUCAAAAUCUUCCUUAUCAUCCUUUAAUGAGGAGGGUUAAAUGGAUAGAUAAAAAUCUCGGUCGUAAGUGCACGUGCGUUAUAUACGUCCAGUUAAAAGAUUACUAAGAAGAACAGAAUGAACGAACCAUCGACUAUAGAAUUCAUAUUGUCAAAUAAAUCUUUUCAGAAGAACCA